GACUUGACAAUGCAUCUCUCGGCAGCUCUGCUGUUGCAACCAUGAUGCCGCAGCUAUCCUGACAACCAAACAGACCACAUCACGAGAUUUUUUUGGAAGCAGAUCAAUCGACGAACGAACAUAACAUGCGACAAUGAGUCUGGACGAGGAGAAGGAAGUGCCCGUGGAGGCUGGAGAUGGCAGUGGAAGCAUUACGCUCGAGCAGGGCGAGUCCGCGCUCGCGGUCCUGGGUUACACACAGGAAUUGAAGCGGAAUAGAUCGAUGGUCACGUUGCUCUUCCAAAGUCUGGCCAUCGCAGCAAUCCCAUACGGAGAAGGAGGACCACUCAUCAGCGCGAUCUAUGGUGGAGGGCAGCUGUCAAUAUUUGUGGGCUGGAUCGUGGUUCUGAUACUGGAUGAGUGUAUUGCUGUCAGCUUGGGCGAGUUGGCCAGCCGAUAUCCGACAUCUGGCGGUCCGCAGUAUUGGGCCUUUCAAGUCGCACCGAAGUUCAAAACUGUCUUCGCAUACAUCACCGGAUGGGUCUGGCUCAUUGGCAACUGGACUAUCACAUUAUCUGUCAACUUCGGCUUCGCCAGUCUGAUCUCCGGAACGAUCGCAAUGUAUCACCCAGACUUCGUCCUCGAUGACUGGCAACUCCUUCUGGUCUUCUACGCCGUGACGCUGCUCACAUUCGUCAUCUGCUGCUUCUUCAACGACUACUUGCCAAUGGUCGACACAGUCUGCGCGGGCUUCACAGUAUUGUCCAUCCUCAUCAUCCUGAUAGGACUAUCAGUAAAAGCUGAAGCCGGUCGCAACUCUGCUGCAGUCGCAUUGGGCAACUACGAUACGUCGUUCAGUGGCUGGGGAGGCUUCACAUUCUUCAUCGGCCUGCUGCCAGCAGCAUAUACAUUCAGCGCUCUGGGCAUGAUUAGUUCCAUGGCCGAAGAGUGCCGAGACCCAACCGUCAAGGUUCCUCGUGCCAUCAGUCUUUGCAUACCUGUUGGAGGCAUAUGGGGUAUUUUCUUCAUCUUGCCAAUUAACUUCACCAUGCCGCCACUUGAGGAUGUCAUCGGAGCUCCAGCCGGGCAGGCACUGCCGUACAUAUUUUUCAGAGUCAUGGGGUCGCCCGGUGGCGGUCUUGCUCUCAUCUUCUUCGUGUUGUGCAUCACGGUCCUCUGCUCGAUCUCAAUUACAGUGGCAGCUUCGCGCACAACUUGGGCCUUCGCUCGUGACGAUGCAAUUCCAGGCGCCAAGCUCUGGGCCAAAGUCGACAAGCGUCUCGAUGUCCCUGUCAACGCUCUGAUCCUGGUUACCGUCAUCCAGAUGCUUCUUGGCCUAAUCAAUCUUGGAAGCACAUCUGCCUUCACAGCAUUCAUCAGCGUUGGUGUCCAAGCUCUCGCUCUGGCUUAUGCGAUUCCCAUCGGACUCUCGCUGUUAACUGGACGCAAGGCAGUCAGUCAAGCGAGGUGGAAACUACAGUAUGGAUUGGGCCUGGUGUGCAAUGUCAUUGCACUGGCUUGGAUUGCUUUCGAGCUUGUGCUGUUCAGCAUGCCGACGGCUCUACCUGUGACGGAAGUGAGCAUGAACUAUGCGUCGGUCGUGCUGGUUGGUUUCGGAACCAUUGCGGCUGCUUGGUACGCGAUUCACAGCAGGAAGUCAUACAAAGGACCACCAGCCUCUGAGGGCUUAAUUGACAUUUGAGACGAUAUUUUUGGAAUAAAUGCGAUACAUUCCAGACUGGUGUCGGUUUCAUCUCUUCGCGCGAUAUCUGAUCACUCAUCAUCGAGUCGAGGUCGUGCUCAGAUGCGUGAUAAGCCUCGUGCCUCGUUUAACAAAAGACUUUAUCUUUGUAUUACGAAUAAUUGCCUCCUUGGAAUGUAUGUUGGAUAUUG